AAAAGGCUACGCUGUGACUUCAGUCCGCAAUAUGCUGAUGAGCGUCUCUGGCUUUUUCAAUCACGUGCAACACUCUUUCAUGCUGCAAAGUAGGCUGUCAAACAGCGACAUUGGACGAGCGCAGUACGAACUGAAGAAGCUCAGGUCUUACAUCAACAGGGACGUUGUGCCACGCCAGCAAAAAUUCAAGAGGGUGAAGACCUCAAUUCUGCCUCGGGCUUCAGAGGAAGUCCAUUUCCUGGACACCGCCAAGCAGCGCAUCCCACAGCUAUUUGAAAGCCUACUUUCCUACGACAACGCAGCAUUAGUCACCGAACACAACCUCUUAAUGGGCUAUAUCAUGGGAUAUCUGUCCAUCAUCAGCGGGCAUCGGAGCACAGUCAUCAGAGAGAUGGAGGCGUCUGACGUGAUGGACGCUGACUCCUGGAACAACGGCCGGGUGUGGCAAAUCUUGGUGGGCAAUCACAAAACUGGCUGGUCUGGACAACCCUGUGACGUUUGGCACCAUACGGAGCAGUGUGGCAACCCAAGUGGAACGACAUCUGUCCUCGUCCGAGCGGAGGAGGGUGGUCUCGGCGAUGUGCCACGACGCGUCGACGGUGGACAGAUUCUAUGUCGCCCUUCCAAGCCGAGAAGAAGUCUAUCGCCUGAGAACCCUCCGAAUGAAGGCUCUCCGCAUCGAGGCCAAUACGCCCAGCGCCGACGCAGACACAAACACAAACGCAGACGCAGCCACAGCCGCAGACAGGCAAGACCCCGCCGUAGCCCUCGCGCCCACACGCAGCCAGAGAGCGGUGGCGUCUGUCUCCUGUCAGCCAGUCACCACCACGACUUCUGCCCCGCCAGCUGCCAGCAACAGGCCCAGGGUCGACUGGAACAAAGUCGACGUGGAUUCCCAGAGGCCCAGCACCAGCAGGGCACUGUCUACACGUGCCUCCAUGUUCCAGCGACAGACCUUUCCUGCUCCGUGCCAGGACGCUGCUGCUCCCACUGUGCGCCGCCCCUCCCCGAGAGAGUAGAUCCAAUUCUCCUUGUCCCCCACUGACGAGCUCCGCGAGCGAGACGCCGGCAGGCCCACGAGGGCAGGCGCGCACAGAGAGGCCCCCGCAGCACAACCCAGGUCCAGGGUGUUGUGCACCAGAGCACGCGGCAUCCCCACAGCCACACCAUCAGGCCAGCCGGCCCCCCGGGUCGCAGCCCCGACGAGAUCGCAUCAGGCACAAAGACCAGUGCGAGGAAGCUGGGGUUUGGCUGACCUUGUCAAGGCGCGGAGGCUGCGGCGGGUGCGGCCUUUGCUGGCACGCAAGUGUAAGUUUGCGCCUGGCCCAAAGUGAGGUGGAACUCUCUGUGUUUCUCCCAAGUCGCCUUGUUGAGAGUUCGAGUUCUGAAAGGGUCUCGCGGGCUUAGAAGGGCGGCGCACCCUCUGCCUACAGCUGUUGUCGUUCUUGUGGGUUUUUGUUUUGUCUUGGGGGCGGGGGGUGGUCUUUUCGUUUGUGGUUAGGGUUAGGAAUAGGAUUAGCUCCCCUCCUUGCAAAUAAAGGGGGUGCACGGUCCAUCCCCCUAUGGAGACCAAUACCCUGCUCCCACUCAGGCUGGAAGUUGCGGCGUGGGCGGCCAAGUGUCCACCCGUCCUCCGCCAUGUAGGCAAUGUUGCCUUGGUUAUCUUAAUUAAAUAAAUGUGUAUAUAGUUUUAGAUAUGUUAUAAUUGUUUUCAAACAAUAUAUGCAAUAUAUGUAUAUAUAGGUAUAUAUAUAUAAACUUAAUAAACUGUGUUUAAAUGUAAGCAUAAAAAAAAAAAUAAUAAAUUAAAGAAAUUAUAAAGUGAGUCGAAACCCAAAAACAAAACUUAAGUGCCUCGGCCGUGACGUUUUGACCUGAAAAGGUCUUCUUCAGGUGUAUGAGGCACUGGAAAUAAGGGUAAGAGUUGGUCUGAGCUAAGGAGAUGUUUGUCCUUCGAGAGACAAGGCAGAAAUGAGCUCUCUGCCUCCCUGCUCCUAUUUAUAAGCUCCACUCAGGCCCCUCCCUCCCUGUGAAGGGAUUCUAUUUUAACUUUCCAUUCUUGUUUUUUACUUUUUAUAAUACAUAAAUUGCUAUCAAGUGUUUUAAAUUAAAUUAGUAUAUUUAAAAUUAUAUUUUUAAUUUAAUAAAUGAAAUAUAUAUGUGUAUUUGUGUACUUUUAAUAGUGUUGCUAUAAUAAAUUUUAACAUGUUUAUUAAAUCCUUUUAUCGUGUUCUAAUAUUUAUUAAAUAAAUUACUGUAAAGUGUUUUUAUUUAGUGUUUUAGGACAUAGUUUAUGUUGUUGAAGAAAAUAAAUAUAUACAUGUAUACUUUUAAUUGUGUUCUAUUUGCUAUGUUAUAUGCCAUUUAAAUGUUUUUUUAUCUUUUUAUCAUAUAUUCUAUAAUUUAAAGGCUAUAUUUAUGGUUUUAGCAUUAUAUUGUAUAUUGUACCAUACAUACACACAUAUAUAUAAUAAAAACUGCCAAUUUUUAUAUAUAAGUAUAUAAUCUUUAGGGUUAGGGUUGGGGUUGGGGUUGGUGUUAGGUUUAGGGUUGGGAAAACAUUAAUUAAAAUUCAUAAAAGACUUUAAAAAGGUAAAAAGCAUGCCUUAAUAUAUUUACAAGGACGCACAUAGUUAAAAUCAAUGGGGAUUCCUCUACCAGAGAUUGGAAUGUCUUAAGGAGGUGGACGGGAAUUGAACCGGGGCUUCCAGCAUGGCAGUUCCUCUUGUUAACCAUUGUGCUACGCUCUGUGAGGUUGACAUGAAGGCUAGGAGUCCUAAGUCGGUUCAUGAUGACUAAUAACAUAAAAAAAGAAAAAA